CGGCCCCUCGGAUGCCGGAGUCGGGGGUCGGUGGAGCCGGGUCGGCGGCCGCGGCCCCGCCGUUCGGGGGGUGGGGAGGGUCCGAAGUCCGGGUGAGGCCCGGGCCACCUGGCUCGGCCCGGGGCAGUCGUUGCCAACGCCGUGUGCGACUCCUGAAGCCGAGGACGGAGCGUUUAGAAAAAGUGUUUGCGUUUUAACGACGCUGUUCUUACUAGUUUCACCAGAGCGGGCACCAGGGCUGUCCAGGAGUCCGGGAUGGGUCCCCCAGUCAGCGGGGCUGACCCUGCUCUGAAAUCUCUUCCCCUGGGGCGGGAAGUGAGCGGCUGACUCCUGUGCUCACCACGGUACAGAAACGUUGUGAAUGGAGGGGAGGAAGUGCCCGACCUUCUGAUGCCUACACGGUUAUUUGGGGGUUACUCUUUGUGCAAAAUAUCAUGUAAAUAACAUUCUCUGUACUGCCUAUCAAGAUAAGCAGAAUGUGGGAUUGACUGCUCUUCCCAGAAGAGUCCAGUCUUUUCGGUGUUUAUGGCCACCAGUCAGCAGAGUGGCGUUAAGGCCAGGAGGAAGUUGUCUUGGUUUGCUCGUGGGCUUGGGGAAUAUAUGCAUCGUGGCAGAGCAGAAAGGCCUGCUGUGUGGACAGUGUGAUGGGUGCUGGGGCGGUGCCCUCAGAGAGGGACAAGUGGAAGUUCCAGUAAAUGUGGUUCAGGGGACGGUGACCACGCAGAGAGCACAACUGGUGGGUUCUCGUGGGUGUGGGGAGGGUGCAGGCCCUCACAGACACGGAAGGAGGGACGUAAGGCGGCCCUUCCGUGAGAGUUGCGCCUCCAAGGAAUGAGCCAGCUGAGCUGGGAGAGCAGGAUCUCGUCCAGGGGUCCAGAUAGCGCCUGGGCCCAGAGGACCUGAAACCGACGGAACGCGUCUCUGGGUGAUAGUAGAGCGAAGGGUCUUCUGUCUCGGCGCAGAAAAAAUUCACUGAGCAGCAGAGUGACAGCUCCCGGCCACACUCGCAGGCCAUCCUGCAGCGCAGACCCCGGCAGCCAUGACCUCCAGGCAGGCUCCCCUCUGUGGCCUGGCCCCUCGCUGCCUCUGGCUCCUGGGGGCUGUCCUUCUGAUGGACGCGUCCGCCCGGCCCGCCAACCACACGUCCGCUCGGGAGAGAGUGGGUAGCAGGGAGGAAAACGAGAUCCUGCCUCCGGACCACCUGAACGGGGUGAAGCUAGAGAUGGAUGGGCACCUCAACAGGGAUUUCCACCAGGAGGUCUUCCUGGGCAAGGACACGGACGGCUUUGAACAGGACGCGGAGCCCCGGAGGAGCCGGAGGAAGCUGAUGGCCAUCUUCUCCAAGGUGGAUUUGAACACCGACAGAAGGAUCAGUGCCAAGGAGAUGCAGCGCUGGAUCAUGGAGAAGACGGCCGAGCACUUCCAGGAGGCCAUCGCGGAGAGCAAGGCGCACUUCCGAGCCGUGGACCCCGACGGUGACGGCCAUGUGUCAUGGGAUGAGUACAAGGUGAAGUUUUUGGCAAGCAAAGGCCAUGAUGAGAGAGAAGUUGCUGAUAAGAUAAAGAAUAAGUGGGACCUGAACAUCGACGAAGAGACACAGGAAGUCCUGGAGAACCUCAAAGACCGCUGGUAUCAGGCGGACAACCCGCCCCCGGACCUGCUGCUGACGGAGAGCGAGUUCCUGUCGUUCCUGCACCCCGAGCACAGCCGCGGCAUGCUGCAGUUCAUGGUCAAGGAGAUCAUCCGGGACCUGGACCAGGAUGGUGACAAGAAGCUCUCGCUGUCCGAGUUCAUCUCUCUGCCCGUGGGCACCGUGGAGAACCAGCAGGGCCAGGACGUGGACGACGGCUGGGUGCGAGACAGGAAGAGAGAGUUCGAGGAGCUGAUCGAUGCCAACCGCGACGGGAUCGUGACCGCGGCGGAGCUGGAGGACUACAUGGACCCCAUGAACGAGUUCAGCGCCCUCAACGAGGCCAAGCAGAUGAUCGCCGUUGCCGACGAGAACCAGAACCACUGCCUGGAGCCCGAGGAGGUGCUCAAGUACAGCGAGUUCUUCACAGGCAGCAAGCUGGUGGACUACGCCCGCAGCGUGCACGAGGAGUUCUGAGCCGCCGCCGCUCCCCGCCCCGCCCCGCCCUGUCCCUCCCGCGGCGCCUCGAUUCCCGCGAUUCCCGCGUACCCACUGCUUCUCGCUUCCGAGAACUGGAGCCCUUCUGCCAGAGGCACCGGCCACAUCAGGGCCUGCGGGCUGGCCACACCGUGGGAAAUACGCAGCUCCCGCCGUUUCCUUGAAAACUGAAAGAUGAAGGCUUUGCUGGAAACCAGCAGCCGGCGGCUGGGGGGUCGGGAAGGGGCCGUGAGAGCCGCCGGCCCUGUGGCGUUCAGUCUCCGAGGAAACGCUAAUACUGGUGACAGGAAUCACAUUAAUUUACUUUGAAAUAUAGUUUCCUUUUUCUCCCA